CGCAAUUUUACUGUUUUCUCGUUGCUCAACCUUGAUGCGCCAUAUAUGCGGCAGCCGACGACAAAUCGUGAAGAAAACGAAGUACGCGGAUGUUGUUGCAAUCGUAGAGUCGGCAUCGAAUCUGCUCAGUUAACUGUUUCUGAUAUGGGGCUUCUUCCUGGUGAAACAGCAAAAAUAACGUUGGUCGUUGAGGAUGGUGCGAAAAAGAGACCGAGGAAAUCACGGAAGAAUCGAAACGAUUGUGUGUUACUGUCACUGUGCCAGCAGCUCGACUUCUUAUCCCAGAACCGCUACGAGUUGCACUUGUUCGACAGGAAGUCACUCACAAUCGCCGUUGAAACGGUGGGGACGUGUAGGGCAACACCAGGUGCAGGUCCAGAGACGAGAUGUAUUGAUUUUCAAGUACCGAAUGGCUUGCAGCCAACUUCAGUUAAAGCAAAUGGCCUUAUUACGAUCAGUUACUUUUUCCGACUGGAUAUGCAUCAUUUUGAUGUUAUUGUGCCAGUGAUUAUUGGAUCGGUGAAAACACCGGGUCCAAUUGAUGACUGA